AUGACCACCACAGAGAUUCAAGUGACUCCGGAGUUGGCCGACGCCCACGGGCUCAGCGAGCAGGAGUACGGCACGCUUUGUGAGCUGCUGGGUCGGACGCCCUCCUACACCGAGCUCGGCAUCACCUCCGCAUUGUGGUCGGAGCACUGCUCCUACAAGAGCUCCAAGGUCUAUCUGCGCGAGUUUCCCACCGAGGGCGAGCACGUGCUGCAGGGCCCCGGCGAGAACGCCGGCAUCGUCGACAUCGGCCACGGCCUGGUGGCGGUGUUCAAGAUGGAGAGCCACAACCACCCGAGCUACAUCGAGCCUUUUCAAGGGGCGGCAACGGGUGUGGGCGGCAUUUUGCGCGACAUCUUUACUAUGGGUGCGCGGCCGAUCGCUUGCAUGGACUCGCUGCGCUUCGGCGAUAUCGACGCGCCGCGGAUGCGCUACCUGAUCGAUGGGGUCGUGCGGGGUAUCGGCGGCUACGGUAACUGUGUCGGUAUUCCGACAGUGGGCGGCGAGACCGGCUUUCAUUCGAGCUACAACGGCAACAUCCUGGUCAAUGCCUUUGCCUUGGGCUUGGCGCGGCGAGAGCACAUCUUUACCUCGCAGGCGGCGGGGGUCGGCAAUCCGCUGCUGUACGUCGGUAGCCGCACCGGUCGCGAUGGUAUUCACGGCGCCACCAUGGCGUCUGAGUCCUUCGACGAGGAGAGCGAGGCUAAGCGACCUACCGUGCAGGUGGGCGAUCCGUUCACCGAGAAGACCUUGAUCGAAGCCUGCCUCGAGGCGAUGCAGACCGGGGUCAUCGUGGCGAUCCAAGACAUGGGCGCUGCUGGCCUGACCAGCACCUCGUUCGAGAUGGCCGGCCGUGGUGGCACCGGGGUCCGCAUGGACCUCGACCGAGUGCCGUUGCGCGAGCAAGGGCUGGGCUCCUACGAGAUCAUGCUCUCGGAAUCGCAGGAGCGCAUGCUGCUGGUGGCCGAGCAGGGUCGCCAGCACGAGGUGGCGCAGGUUUUCGAGCGCUGGGGACUCGAGGUCAGCGAGAUUGGCGAGGUCACCGGUGACGGUCGGGCGCGGAUAUUCCACCGCGGUUCCGAGGUUGCCGACAUGCCGAUCGAGCCGAUCUCCGAAGCCGGCCCCGAGUACCGCCGCCCGGUGCGCGAGCCCGCGGAUCUGGCGGCUCGCCAGGCCCGUCCCGAGGUGCCACAGGCGUCCGAUCCGGGCGGCUCCCUGAAAGCGUUGCUGGGGACCCCGGAGCUAGGCUCCAAAGAGUGGAUCUGGCGCCAAUACGACCACACGGUUCGGACCAACACAGUGAUCGGGCCAGGUGGCGACGCCGCGGUGUUGCUACUCAAGGGCACGCCAGCGGGUUUAGCCCUGACCUCGGAUGUCAAUCCGGUCUACUGCAGCCUCGAUCCACGGCGUGGUGGCGCCCAGGCGGUUGCCGAGGCGGUUCGCAACCUGGCCUGUGCCGGCGCCAAGCCGAUUGGACUGACCGACUGCCUGAACUUCGGCAACCCUGAAAUCCCAGAGAUCUCUUGGCAGUUCCGCGAGUGUGUCCGGGGCAUGUCUGAAGCCUGCCGAGCACUCGACGUGCCGGUGAUUUCCGGCAACGUGUCGUUCUACAACACCACCGACGAACGCUCGGUGCAUCCGACCCCGACGGUGGCUAUGGUCGGCUUGAUCGACGAUGUGACGCGGGUGCCGCGCUCGUCGUUCCGUGAGGCCGGUGACCGGAUCUUGCUACUCGGCGACGAUAUCGCUGAGUUCGGCGGCUCGGCCUAUUUGCGAUUGCUCUACGGGGUCGAGCAGGGCCGGCCCCCGCGGGUCGAUCUGACCGCCGAGCGUCGUUUGGCUAUCCUGCUGCGCCGGCUGGCUGCGCAGGAUCUAGUGCGGUCGGUGCAUGAUCUUUCCGAGGGCGGACUGGCGGUGGCUUUGGCGGAGGCUUGUUUUGACCGCCGCCUCGGCGCCAAGGUACAGCUCGGAGACGUCGAGCCGGCUCACCUGUUUUCAGAGAGUCAGGCUCGCGCCAUCCUGGCAGUGCCGACGACGAAACUCGAAGAAGUAAUGGCCGCGGCUGAAGCGGGCGGGGUUCCCGCUCGAGAAGUCGGGCAAGUUGGCGGAGAUCGCUUGCGCAUCGCCUGUGGCGGUGGCGAAGGGGUGGACGCGCCAGUUGCCGAGCUUUACGAGAUCUGGUCGAACGCCCUUCCCAGGGCGCUCGAAGGCUGA